AUGAGCCUUGAAAGCGAUAAGGCAUUCUUACAUAUAGUGGGGCACGCCAACCACCUCAAGGACAUUAAAGAGGUGACCCUCAUCCUUCAAGGGAGGUUUGUGGAGUUGUUCAGGGCAGACGAGCUACCAUCACCCUCAUUCCGGCGUGGAGCUGCGUCCUUGGCCUCCAGGGAGGAAGAGAAGGUGCUGGCUGUACGUGCGGUGUGUACACUUCACAGCGUAGGGAGAGAGCGUCAUAAGGCGUAUUUUGAGAGUGACGAAUACCACCCAAGUGCUGCAUUUUUCCUGCAAGAAAUGUUGGGCGCGCUAGCGGGUGACAAGCAACAUUGGUUUCAAACGCUUCAGCUAGAGAGCCUUAGCGCGUGUGUGGCGGUGGUAGAGGCUAUUGGGUGGAAGAACACAAGAUGCUGCCUUCCCGGCAUAAUAUUGGCGUGUGUAAAAUAUUUGUUACGAGCCCCCAAAGGUACAGACGCUGUUGCUGUAAGCACUGGGGCGAUUGAAUUGCUGCGCUUGGCGCUGGUGGUUUCUCUUGGGGUACAAGGUGGUGAGGGUGAUUGGCUGCGUGAGACAGUGGGCCAUUUGGGGCGCAGCAUGGACAAGCUGCUGAACCCCGGAGAGCUGACGCGCGAUGGGUUCCCGCUCUCAGUGGUGCAGGCGUUGCAGCUACUCACUACCGACGUGCUGCUCCUCCCUGCUCUCGGUGCGUUUUUGUCAUCACCGUUUGUGCAGUUGUUGUUAGUGGCCAACUUCAUCCUGAAAAACAUAACAUUUAUUCUUAGUGGUGACGCUGAUGUUGAUAGUGACGGGAUACCGAGUUCAUUCUUACAACAAGCGGCGGUGGUCAAAGUUUUGCAGACGCAGCUUGCGCAGUUGCGGGGCGUGCAACUGCUUCACUAUGCGUCGGCGCUGCUACGGUGCAAUGACACACGUGCUGUGGUACUUGGCAAUGAGUCCUACAUAAGCCGUGUGUUGUCUCAAUGUGUGCAAGUCGCAGGCGCGGUGAUGGAACCCGAAGAGCUGUACAGCGUGAAGGCAACGCGCAGCUACGCGUCGCGCGUCGUGGACGCGUGUAUUGAGUGCGCCGCCAUUGCAGUGGCGCACUGGGACGAGGGACCCCAGAUGAUGGCGAAGAUCAUGGACACCGCAGCUGGGGUGCUGGCAGACUGGGACGCCUACAUGCUGCACCCGCCCACAAUCUACGUCGUCACACGAUUUUUUCUGUGGCAGUAUACAACUUCCGCGUGGGCCACAGAGAAGGGAACCCCGGUGGAGGAGGUGAUGCUAUCUGGCGUCUUUGAGCGGCUCUGGAGCGUCGUGGCACAGCCACACCUCUGGAACAUCUGCGAAGACGAGAAGCUCUGCUCGCACCAGCAGCUGCAGCACCGCCACACCGUUGCCGCUACGAUUCUCCGCUUCCUCGAGCUAACUGCACAGGUGCUACGUGACGGUGUGGCGGGCCACAAGGUGAAACACAAACGAGCAGUGCAGAGGCUCAACGUGCUCGUGCUGUACCUCGUGCUGGAGAAGGCCACGUGCCCGGGCAUCGUGCAUGAUGCUGCCUUGCGUGCCCUGGAUGCAUUUAGUGCUGCGGGACGCUACAAGGACGUGGUCACCUUUUUUCUUGACCAAGUCAACUUCAUCAUUGACGAGGCCACACGUGCAGUGACGGAGGACACGCUUCGCUCGUCAGCGUUGCGUGUGCUGAUGAGCAGUACCUCUUUUAUUCAGAAGAAGCUUAUGCCAGGCCUCCGAAACGCAGACUUUGGCACGCUGGCCCCGCUGAAGACGGUGGAAAUCGCUCGCAGCUGUGGCUUUGCUAGUACUACGGUGCUUAGUUCUGCUAUUGCUGCUGGCGCUGUGCCAAAGGUCGCCGAUUUCUUGGUCUCCACCAUUAAAAUCGCCGGUGACGCAUGCCGCCGCGCCGUACUGGAGGAAGAAAAGGCCGAUGCCCUAGCCUCUCUCAUGCUGCUCGCCCAGUGUUUCAUUGUGGGUGCAGCACUUAACCGAUCUGUCCCGCAGCUCGGUAUUGAUGAUGAGAGAGAUGUCAUGACUACCGCCGCGGAGCCCCGCGUUCAGCUCCUCCAGCUCAACGUCCUGGGGAUGGUGCACCUGCUGUUGGGGCACUGCGCCCGGCACGAUGCGGUGGCGCCUUUCGCGAUACGAGCCAUGACGAGCGGGCUGACGGUGCUCCUUACCACAUCAGCGGCCGCAGAGUGGCAGCGGGAGGAAGAGCACGGAGACGAGGCAAUAUCGUCUCCACCGUCGAGUCCCCCGUCGUUCGUGUGGGACGACAACGCCGCCGCGGUGCUGCCGCGCAGCCACCUUCGGACGGUGUACCAGACGUACCUUGUCUUCAUGGCGAUCCUCACGGAGCCGGUCGCCGCCUUUGUCACCACCGGCACGUCACAGCGGCGCUCGGCACAAAGGCGGCGCGCGCUGGAGAGUGUUCGACCCACGCCGGCCGUACCAGAUGUCCUUGGCGGCCUGGCGGCGCUCUAUGCGCUCACGCCGGAGUUCCUUGCGCCGCGGAUGGUGGGGGAGGUCAUCCCCGUUGUCGCCGUGUGGCACGAGCGCGGGAUGCUGCCACGCAUUCCCACCGGGACGGACGAAAAGCUGCGAUCCGCUGUCAAGGAGUUCCUGCAGCGUCUCUGCGCAACGAACCCGACGGCGGACGAGGAGUUGCGUGCUGCUGCAAGCAGUAUUCUCCAGGACACCUGCGCCAUGAACCCGCUGGUGUCCGGGUAG